AUGCAUAAAAGCGGCGGACGCUUUUCCAAGGAGGUGGUGCGAAUGCUCAAAAACUGGCUUAAUACUCACAAAGCGCGACCGUAUCCUACAAACGAAGAGAUGGAACUGUUGCAGCGACGGACUGGAUUGAACAAGACUCAAAUAUCGAAUUGGUUUGCCAAUGCUCGAAGGCGUGGCAAGCUACCACGAGCACCUUCGUCGCACUCAUCAACAAAUGCCUCAAAUAAGCCAGUCGACAUCGCUCCAAGACCUGACACGCCAGCUCCGAGACGAGAGAUGCGCUACCUGAACCCGAUGGAAAGAUGGCAGUCUUCGCCACCGGAACACGAGCCGGCUGCAGCUUCAGAUAUCACACGGGCUCUUGAGUCGAAUGAGGGAGUAUCUUUGCUCAAUGACGGUCAAUACUCAUUCGAUUACAGAGACAAUGCUGCGCAAUCCUGGUACAACACAUCCUCAGCAAGCAGUGCUGCCACUUCGGUAUCUAGCGAUGUCUCCGGGGCUUCCAAACGCUCUAUGCCAUCGAGGCCUACGGAACCUGUAGCUUCCUCUCGCCCGCUCCGCAAGCGACGAAUCAAUAAACAGCGUGCACGCGUUCAACGAACGUCUCUGAUAGGGUCUUUGCUGCCGUAUCAGUGUACCUUCUGCACCGAGGAUUUCAAAACUAAGCACGAUUGGCAGCGUCAUGAGAAGUCUCUGCAUCUCCCGAUUGAGCAGUGGGUCUGCACUUUGCAUGGCCCCGAAGCUUUGAAACUCGACACUGGACGCAUGUGCUGUGUGUUUUGCGGAGAACCCGAGCCAGAUGAGGCACAUCUAGCGACCCACAACUAUCAGCCAUGUCGCGAGCGAACACUUGAGGAGCGCACGUUCAACCGAAAAGAUCACCUGAAUCAACAUCUGCAGCUCGUACAUAAUAUGCGGUUCGAUAAGUGGUCAAUGAGUUCGUGGAAAGUGCCGAUGUCCAACAUUACAACGAGAUGCGGUUUCUGUGGACACAAGAUGGAUACAUGGGAAGAGCGGGUCGACCACCUUGCAGCUCAUUACAAAGAAGGCAUAACCAUGGCAUGCUGGCAGGGUGAUUGGGGCUUAGACGACCGGCACCUGGGGUUACUCGAGAACGCCAUUCCGCCAUGUGAGUGCCCUUCAGAUCAGUCUCUUCGCCAUGCUGACAGCUCGACUACAGAUCUGAUUGACCUUGAGCGAAGCACACCAGCUCCGUUUGUUGCGAGCCAAACUCCGUACGGAUCUCCCACGACUGCCUAUGAGCUGAUCAAGAUCGAACUCGAUCACUCCAUGCAAACACACUUCGAUCUUUCUGGCAGAAUGCCGGGUAACCCUAGUAUGCAGCUCGAGGCUUGUCGGAUCAUCUUUGCCUCGGAAGUUACGUCUACAAAGCACGAUGUGCCACCAGCAUCUUGGUUGCGCGACCUGAUCAUGGCUUGCCAACCAAUUACAAACGAAGCAAAGUUCGGGCCGCUGAGACUGCGGAACGAGUGCAGAUUUUCAGCUCUCAAGAUCAACGGUCAAGAUAACAUCUUCGAGCUUUGCCCACUUGAGGCUCAGCUUUGGACGUUUGUUAAGACCAAGGAGGCAAACGAUGUUGCAGUAACAGACGAGAAUAUCCAAGAGGAGGCAAGCAAGAUCGUCGCUCACAUGGAGCAGAUUUCUAACACGCCAUCUGACGUUUUUGCGAAUUGGCUGAUCAAGCUCAUACAUGAAGACACAAGAUGGCUUCAGCGUUUCAGGGUGCGUGCCUGCUCCGCUCAGUGCGGGCCAGCACCUGGCCUAGAACCACAGCUCUCAGGGCUUAGCUUCGCAUACACUUCCGCUCCGAUAGAGCGACCUCUCCCGUUACGAAUGGAAACCAAUAUCAUAGGGCUGGAGCGCUUGAAUUCAUCGCAGAUGGAGACCUUUCCUCCUCCUACUGAAACGGAAGCACCCGAUUUACACGUAAGCCCAGGAACCUACCAGCUAGCAAAGGGACUGAACACACCGAAGGAUGAGGCCAACUUAUUUCCGCCAAUUCGAUCCAGGACGUUCAUCAACAGUGCAAACUUCUUCUCGUGGCUUGUCCGCGACCUUGCUCGGUGGGUGGCAGCAACGAUGUCACCAAACAACCCCAACUGUCACGUCCCGACCGACGAGGAACUCCAGCACCAAGCCAGGUGUAUCGUGUACGACGACGAUGAUCCUUGGAACCAGACUUCUGCAGACAACGCGCAAUGGCUGCGACAGUUCAAGCGCGACGUUGGCAUUCUUGACGAGCCUAACGACCCUAAUGAAUCGAAUCUGAGCGGCUUGUACAACAUGAGGAACGCGCUUUAG